AAAGAGGUGUAAAUGGGAAGAACCGCAGUCCUUGCAUGGCCCACCCGACUGUGUUCGAAGAUCUUUAUUACCAGAAUGACGCGCCACUUUUAUUGGCUAGACUCUAGCCUUCGAGAUAAUUAGAGUUCUUAAAGCACCACGCUCUGAGAGUUUCACGAACGUAUCCGAAAGACUGUCGGAAAACUUUCAGACCAGCACGAAGCAUAGAACUCUACUCAUGGACAUGGCCGUCCCGUAAGCAGCGGGCAACGAUGCGGUGUUAACAGGCAUCCAGGUGAUGUAACAUUUGCGCUACCAAGAACUCGGAUCUGGAUCAGGUUUAGUCUUUGCAUGAAAUGGAAGAAAGCGACGAGAGAACGGAAUCCCUUGCCCAGGGUGUUUUUGCCUUCAGACAACAGGCAGAUAAAAAUAAAGGUAGAAAGUCAAUCUCAAAGAGGACAUCUGGGGGAGACAGAUGGUUUGGAUGCAUUCCUUGUGCCACAGCUGAUUUUCAUCUUCAGCAGCGACUCAAAAAUUACAAGAAGAUUGUAGAGAAGAUUGAUUGCCUCACUAAGAGACUGGAGGAAGAAGUCCAUGAAUCGCUCAUCAAAGAUGUUAUUCCAUACGAUGAAGUAAUGCAAAAUGUGAGAGAUAUCAAAAAAGGAGACAAAGAAAAGGAGGAAGAGUUGGGCUUCUUGGAGGAGGAUGAAGACGAUUUGAGGAGGAAACCAGCAGUAAAUCCAAGCCGUAUGUCCCACUGCACUAUGACCUUCUUAAUGUCUUGGUACCAGAGGCAAUUCCUGGAAAGCAGGCCUGCUCCCAAGCGGAGGAAGAAGCAUUCAAGCACACCCCCAGUGGUUGUCAUUCUGGAGGACCUUGAGGGAUUCCAAGGUGGCAUGCUGAGGGAUUUCAUUUCCAUUUGCAGUGACUAUGCAGGAACCUUCCCAUUUCUGCUAGUAGUAGGUGUUGCCACAACAUCAUCAUCUCUUCAUGCGCUCCUCCCAGUGGAUGUGGCUGCUCUUCUUUCCAUUGAAACCUUCCAUACCCUCUCCCCACCUCAGUAUCUCAAUAGGUUCUUCGAAAAAGUUGUCUUCAGUCCAAGCCUGUGCUUCCACCUGGGUGGGAAACCAUUGCGCUUUCUUGUUGACACAUUCCUCUAUCAUGACUUUGCCAUUUCACGUUUCAUCAAUGGCUUCAAGUAUUGUGUCUUGGAACACAUGUACAAUGAACCGCAUGCAGUGCUGUGCUGUGAGGAAUCAGAUGUGGAUGGGAUUGUGGAUGCACUCAAGGACAAGGACCUGGGUGUUUUUCGUCACUUGCCCUCUUUCCAAGCCUAUCUGAAAACCAAGCCUACUGAGAAAAGACAAAGCUUUCUUGGCAGCCAUACUGAUUUCCGAAUGUUUCUGAAGCGUCUGAUGUCCAGUGUGGGACUCCAUCAUCUGGCUCUGUCCAAGGCUUCCCAGUGCAUUUAUGUCCUUACAAGAGACCUCAAUAAGUCCCCUCUUGGAACGCAAUUACGAGAAGUAUACUGUUUAGCCAUCGCCUCCAACCUUCUGCAAACUGAGGAAUUCAAAGAAGCAGAGAAACAGCUACGAACUUUGCCACUUGAUGAGCUUUCUGAGAAGCUGAAGAUGUGUCAGCAGAUAUUAAACUUUCCAGCUGUGGAGGAAUUUCCAGCACUCAAAAACCUACUGGUCAAAUUGGAUGAAUGGCUUAAACAUCUGGCUGAUUUGAAGAUCAGUGGUGAAAAUUUUCAGGUAACUUCACCUUUGAUUCCUGGACCUGUCAUCAAGCUCAAGAAGAUGUCUCGCUUUGAGUUGCAAGAAAAACUGAAGGACAUGGCCAAGGCACAAUGGAAGACAGAGAACCCUUAUGAAGAGAUUAGGGCCUGCAUUCUGGAUGAGAUGCUUUCACUGCUUGGGGAUGUGCUUACAAGUGUUCACAGCAUUCCACUCAAUGAAGUCGUCUACUUCCAUGAUCUAUCCAGAGUGAAACCAGGACUGGCUGGUUAUCCCCGAGCAGCCCUUCAUCAUGCCUUAGCUGACCCUCACUCCUACCUCCAUUGUACAUGUUGUCCAGUGAGUGACAAGUCUUCUAUCCUGUCACCUAUGCCAGAUAUCUGCAUUGCAUACAAACUCCAUCUGGAGUGUGGGAAAAUGAUAAAUCUUUGUGACUGGAUGGCCAGCUUCUCCUCAGUUCUUGAUUCCACAGAUCUUUCACCUGCUGCCAUUCGUUUCGGCUGGGAAAUUCGGUGGCACAGUGUUUCGAAACCCUUCAAAAGGCACUUGUGGACCAAGCUCCAUCCCAGAGCACUGUCUAUGAGUGGUUUGCGUGCUUUCGAUCUGGCUCCUUCAGCCUUGACGACAAUCCCCAUGAAGGUGGUCCAAAUUUCAGUCACUCCAGAAAACAUUGCCAGCAUGAAGCGACUCAUAGACAAAGACCGGUGGAUAACCACCAGGGAGCUAGAGAAGCUCGUUGGCAUGUCACAUGGCUCAGUCAUUAAGAUCCUGCAUGAACACCUUGGGAUGAGGAAGGUCUGUGCUCGUUGGGUUCCGCACCAGCUGAAACCGGAUCACAUGAAAUCUCAUGUGGACUUCUGUGGGUUCAUGCUUCAGAAAUUCAACAGUGGAGCCUCUGAAGCUGUGGGGAAACAUCCUCACAGGUGA